CAAUAAACAAGAAGUGUACGCGGUACAUUGUGGUAUUUUUAGUGCGUGUUAGAUCAACUAAUUCAAAUUCCGAUGUAAGACUGGCAUAUAGAAUGAGUGAAUCUAUUCCGCCCAGCCAUACAGAUGGCGCUGUUGUGUAGUUGAGCGAACCUCACACGAAGUAGCGGCUUCUCAACCAACGAAAACAAAAUUGCAGCAAGUUCAAACCGGAGACUCAAGCGCCAAGAGUGUGAAGAGAGGCUGUCAAGACUUUGUCAAUAUGGAUGAUAUAGAGGAUGACACCACAAUCUUCUCAACGCUAAAAUCUUUCAAGAGUUUGAUAUCGUGUCCAGAUCGCUCUUUGCUGGAGACAGAGCCAGCCUAUGGACGAAGUGACCUUCAGAAGCUCUAUACUAAACGAGUGGAGUUGGAGGAAGCUGCUGAGCGUGUUCGUUCCCACACCAGCCUGCUGCAGCUCACUCAAGAGAAACAACAGAUGGAGCUCAGUCACAAACGGGCCCGUAUAGAGCUGGAGAAAGAGGCACACAGCAGCUCCAGAGACUUACAGAGGGAAAUUGACCGUAACAGAGAGUUACUGAUGAAGAUCAGACGUCUGGAAGAAAGAGAAGGGAAAGCAAAUCAAGCUCUUAAUGAACAAAUGGAAAACAACAAGGCUUUAAAGCGUGACCUUGAGGAACUCCACAAGAAAGCAAAUGAAAAGGACAGCAAACUUGCAGAGGCGGACCAGAUGAUCAGUGAGUUGAAAGACGAAACACGAAGGCUCAGUCAACAGAUCCAGAUUCAGGAGUCCAAAUUCUCCACCCAGAAUCUGGAGAUCCAGGCCCUGCAGGAACAACUGGAUGUGCAGCGCAAGAAGUUCCAGGACAUCAGUCAGAGGUACCAAAAUCUCCAGUCAUCUCAUUCCACCAGCACAGAGAGUGAACUCAAGAUGAAGGAGUUGGAGAGGCGUUUGGCUCUUCAGGAGCAAGACGCUGUGAUUGUGAAGAACAUGAAAUCUGAAGUGACCAGGCUGCCUGAACUGGAGCGGGAAAUGAAACGUCUGCGGGAGGAAAACUCUUUCUUAAGAGAGACAAAGGAGAACAGUAGUCUUCUGAAAGAAGAGACUGAGGGGUUGAGGAGGAAGUUGGAGAGAAUGGAGAGAGUGAUGGAGGAGAAACUCAAAGUGGAGUUGGAGAAAGAGAAACUGGAGCGUGAGCUGCAGGCUUGGGAAAAUAUUGGCCAGGCUACAGGACUUAAUAUUAGGAAACCGGAGGAUUUAUCCAGGGAGGUGAUACAGAUUCAACAGCGAGAACUGAGCUUGAAACAGCAGAACUACACACUCAAUAGCAGCGUUCGCUCUGUGGAGAAGGCCCGCGCUGAGCUCCUGCCUGAGAUCGCUCAACUGCGCGCUAAAGCUCAAGAAGAACAGAAGAAACGAGAGAACCAGGAUUCGCUGGUCCGCCGCCUGCAGAAGAGAGUCCUCCUUCUCACCAAGGAGCGCGACGGAAUGAGGGCCAUAUUAGAGUCAUAUGACAGUGAGCUGGCCACAAGUGAAUACUCCCCUCAGCUCACGCUCCGGGUCAAGGAGGCAGAAGACAUGCUGCACAAAGUCCAGACUCACAACACUGAUAUGGAGACUCAACUGUUUAAAGCCCAGGAGGAAGCAGGCACCUUCAAAUUACAAGCUCAGAUGGUGACUGCUGAACUUGAGGCUCUAAAAGAGCAGCAGAUGUCUAAUGCUGAGAAAACCACCUUAGCAACAGCAGAGGAAAUCAGCUCUCUCAGGCAGAAGAUUGAGGAAUUGGAGGCAGAACGCCAGCGGCUGGAAGAGCAAAACAACAUUCUGGAGAUGAGACUAGAGAGGCAUAACCUACAGGGAGACUAUGACCCUGUGAAGACAAAGGUGAUCCACUUGCAAAUGAACCCCACCAGCAUUGCAAAGCAGCAGCGCUCUGAAGAGGUGAAACAGCUGAGGGUGGAGUGUCAGCGCUUAAGAGAACGACUCCGGAAAAUUGAGGCGAGUGGUGGCAUGACAACAGAUGACACUACCCUCAUCAUCCCACCAUCACAGGAAAUACUGGACUUGCGUAAGCAGAUGGAAAGUGCAGAACUGAAGAACCAGCGCUUGAAGGAAGUGUUCCAGAAGAAGAUUCAAGAGUUCCGUACUGCGUGCUACGUACUGACCGGGUACCAGAUCGACAUCACUGUGGAGAACCAGUACCGGCUCACUUCUGUGUACGCCGAGCAUAUGGAGGAUUCAUUACUAUUUAAGAUAAAUGUGGGUGUUUUGAGAAUUGCGCGCAGGAUUGCCAUUACAGCGCAUCUGAGGGGAGACGAGACAACGGCGUGCACAGUCUACUGGUCCAGUGGGCAGUGGCAGCAUGCAGCUGUUGGAGACAGAUUUUUCCCGCACUCUAACUGGACUGGUAGAUCUGCAUCUCUUCCAUCAGAAGAGCAUCCCAGUGUUCCUCAGCGCGGUCACCAUCGAGCUGUUCAGCCGCCAGACUGUCACCUGAUUUACCCAUCAUUGCUCGACCACACAGUGUUCAGGGAUCACCUCACACACACACACAGACACACACAGCAAGACACACAUAUCUACAGAACUCCUGGGCGUGACAAGCUGAUUGUUUUUGAUUUGCCUUUUUUUUUUCUUCUUCUUCUUCUUCAUACAGAUUUAGCUUGACAAUCUGUAUGGAAACAUUUCUGUAGAGUAUAUUGUGUAUUUUUCUUUUAAUGCUAUAAAACCCACACUGUGUUGUUUAAGAAACAGGUUAACACAUAUACAAGGGAAACCUAGAGAUGUGCAGUCUUCUUUUUAUGAGCAACAUCUUUCAUGGCAGUUUAUUUGCCCAUAUCGAGGAAAAAAUAAAGACAUAUUAAACUUUUCA